AUGGCCAUCACUGACCAGGCCACCGCCCUCGUUCAGGCCGGAGUGCCCGUCAUCAGGCUCGCGGCCGGGGAGCCCGAUUUCGGCACACCUGUCCCCAUUGCUGAGGUUGUGACUUACCCGGAAGCAGCUGGCCAUUAUCUUUCAUAUUUUCUUUUCUUACUAGUCUGCAAUUCUGUUAUUGUUCAGUUCAUCUGAGCUCGAUAUUGAGGAAGAUGAUUAACUCUUAUAGGCUUUCUUGGAUUGAACCCCUCCGGGAAAACAGCUCCAUUUCUCUAGAUUAGCAUUUGCCCGACAGGCAUUCACCAUAAUCAUUCCUCCUUUCAUUACUUAAUUAAUCUGAAACUUUUAUUUGGCAAUUCAUUCGUCUGAGCUGAAUAUUGAGGAAGAUUUUUCAGUUUUUUGCGUGUGGACAGAGCAUUUUUCUCGGAAUCAUUUAUCAUCAGUACCCUUUUUCAUUCAAUAUUUUGUCCGCAUUUCUGAAAUUUCUUGUGCUUUGGUUGGGUCUUUUUGGGUUGAAUCAGGCGGGCAUUGAUGCUAUUCGUCAAGGUUACACCAGAUACACUCCUAACGCCGGAACCUUGGAGCUCCGCGAGGCAAUCUGUCAUAAAUUCCAAGGUCGAACUAGAAGAUUUUUCUUGGAUUUUCAUUCUCCAGUGCCUGGGGAGGGGUCUGACGUUUGGAUGUUCAUGUAAUUGACAGAGGAGAACGGGCUAUCCUACACACCCGAUCAAAUCCUUGUCAGCAAUGGUGCGAAGCAGUGCAUCUUGCAGGCUGUUCUUGCCGUCUGUUCUCCUGGAGACGAGGUGGGUCAUGCUCAGAUAACCAAAAGUUUAUUAUUAUUAUUAUUAUUAUUAUUAUUAUUAUUAUUAUUAUUAUUUAUGUAUGUACAAACAUACUUUAACUUUCUACUUCGUUCAGAAUUAUUCAAAAAAUUUGGAGCAUAUUUAGGGUCUACAUUCCUCAAAUUACCAUCUGUUUAACGCUGAGAGGAGAAGAGAUGAUAUUGUUUCGGUUUCACUUGCCACUCAGGCUAUUAUAAUUCAUCAUUAAUUAAUCUAAAUCUUUGGAUCACAUCUGAGGUAUUGUUGAUCGAAUUGAACAGCUUCUGGGCACCUCCUCCUCCUUCUGUCUCAUGCUAAUGGCCGAAGAUAAUGUCCUUUCCAUGCAGAUUCUAAUUCAUAAUUAAUCAGAAAAUUCAGAGCAUAUCUGUGGCUGAAUUCAGUAUAAUUGCAUGGAAAAUUCAGAGCAUAUCUGUGGCCGAAGAAAGGAGCUAGUCUCACAUUCGAUUAUCCUCCGAUUUCCUCUUUAUACAGAUGGAGAUACCGAAAAGCUACACAAUCCGACCAGAAUUAACCAUGAGUAUGCUCUAUAAAGUCUUCAUCCCCCAUAUCUGCUUUCCGUUCAGGUGAUAAUCCCAGCUCCUUACUGGGUCAGCUAUCCCGAGAUGGCUCGGCUUGCUGAUGCGACGCCCGUUAUCGUCCCCACACACAUAGACAACGACUUCCUCCUGCGGCCUGAGGCCCUGGCAGCCCAGCUGAGCGAGAAGUCUAGGCUUCUGAUCCUCUGCUCCCCCUCGAACCCCACUGGGUCAGUUUAUCCCAAGGAGCUGCUCCAGCAGAUCGCAGAUGUGGUCAAGAGAUUCCCCAGGCUCCUGGUGAGUGGAACCUGGGUUUUCGAUGGAAAUUUAAUUGAUUUUUUUAAUAAAAAUUAUUACCUUUUAUAGCUUUGAGUCUACUUGUGUUCUUCAGGUGCUGUCUGAUGAGAUAUACGAACAUAUAAUCUACCCGCCCGCAAAGCACACGAGCUUUGCAGCGCUGCCCGGCAUGUGGGAGAGGACGCUGACAGUGAAUGGGUUCUCCAAGGUGGUGAAUCUGAAGCCCUCCAUAAUCUCACAUGAUUAGAUUCUUCUAUUUUUGGCAUGGUGAAGGCCCUGUGAGAGUGGGAUUAUGAUGUUGUGUGCUUUCGCAGGCCUUUGCGAUGACUGGGUGGCGCCUCGGCUAUCUUGGCGGCCCCAAGCACUUUGUCUCCGCUUGCGGGAAGAUCCAGAGCCAGGUUUCACGCUCCUGAUGCCCUUUUCUACUCCCCUUCAGUUUAUCUAAUCUUAGCUACUUCUUAAUCGCAUAUAGGAAACUUGAGUACGAAUCGACCGACAAUAAAAUAUAGCCCCAGUUUUCCAUAGCCGGACAUAAGGGCCGACCAAAGUUCAGUUCUUGGAUAUAUUUAUGGAUGGUGGCGGCUCUGCUGACUUUUGUUCUUCGGUUUCCGUUUUGGUGCAAUUGCAGUCAACCUCAGGCGCCAGCAGCAUCUCUCAGAAGGUCGGGCUGGCGGCACUGGCCCUCGGGUUUGCUGGAGGCGAGGAAGUCGCCACCAUGGUGAAGGCGUUCAGAGAGCGGCGCGACUAUCUCGUCCUAAGCUUCGGGGAAUUAGAUGGGGUCAAGAUAUCCGAGCCGCAGGUAUAUUUAUUUACAGACAUACUCAUAUAGGUUGGCGUUGCUAUUUAUGGAUAUGGGCAUUUUAAUCCUUUGACCAAAGGCAGACAUAUACACAAAAGUUGACCUUAUUAUUUGUGAAUAUAGGCAUUUUAAUCCUUUGAUCAAAUGCAGACAUAGACAUAUAGUCUGGCAUUGAUAUUUAUGGAUGUAGGCAUUUUACUCCUUUGACCAAAUGCAGACAUAGACAUAGUAUGGCAUUGAUAUUUAUCGAUGUGGGCAUUUUCCUUUUUGGACCAUAUUCAGACAUACACAUAUAGGUUGGCAUUGCUAUUUAUGGAUGUGGACAGUUUAAUUUUUCUACCAAAUGCAGGCAUAGACAUAUAGGUUGUCAUUGUUAUUUAUGGAUGUGGGCAUUUUCAUUUUUGGACCAAAGUUUCUGGGGGUUUGAAUAUAGUUCCUAUCUCGCUUCUCCAGGGCGCAUUCUAUUUAUCGAUGUGGGCAUUUUCCUUUUUGGACCAUAUUCAGACAUACACAUAUAGGUUGGCAUUGCUAUUUAUGGAUGUGGACAGUUUAAUUUUUCUACCAAAUGCAGGCAUAGACAUAUAGGUUGUCAUUGUUAUUUAUGGAUGUGGGCAUUUUCAUUUUUGGACCAAAGUUUCUGGGGGUUUGAAUAUAGUUCCUAUCUCGCUUCUCCAGGGCGCAUUCUAUCUGUUCAUGGAUUUCUCAUCGUACUAUGGAUCUGAGGUCGAGGGCUUCGGCGUUAUUAAGGACUCCGAGUCCCUCUGCCGUUACCUCCUCGACAGAGCUCAGGUGGGUUGACCUCUCCGUUUGUCAACGCUCAUUCCGGGUGGGCGGCCAGUGACUCACGCGGGUUUCCUCCGCCGCAGGUUGCCGUUGUGCCAGGAGGCGCGUUCGGGGACGACAACUGCAUCAGGAUCUCCUACGCGGCGGCGCUGCCCACGCUGCAGGAGGCGGCGGAGAAGAUCAAGAAGGCGGUGGAGCUCCUCCGGCCAAGCGUUGCCGUUUGA